AGUAUGCUACAUUUAAAAGGAGUAUUAAUUAAAUCCUGUUUUGUAGGAAUUGUCUUAAAUCUUGUGAAUCGGAUGGAUAAGUUUGUCACCAGGUUAAAACGUGGACAACCAAGCACUAGUUCUACUAUUCCACCUGUUGCUUCAUCCAUACCUUCGGAAGUUCAGAGGGAUACAAAUCCUUCAAAUAUCAAUUUCAAUUAUAUGAAAGCAGACCCGGCAAACAGAAGGCCUAUUGCAGAAUAUGACCCUAAUAUACGUGAUGAAGUUAGAAGAUAUUAUAUUCAAAAAGGACCUUGUCAGCCUAUGAAUCAUGAUUUUCCUAAAACUCAGUUUAGGAAGAAAAAGAAAACAAUGCGCCAGUUUCAUCCUGGUUGGUUCAAAGGUCGACAUUCCAAGUGGUUAGAGUACAGUAUAUCAAAAGAUGUUGCUUAUUGUUUGUGUUGCUAUUUGUUUAAAAAUGAGCAUGAUGUUCGUGGAAAUAUGGGAGAUGCUUUUACGAAAAAGGGUUAUAAGGGUUGGAACAAGGCUAAGGAAAGAUUCAAAACUCAUAUUGGAGAGGUAAAUAGCAUCCACAACAAGUGUUUCAACAUGAUGAUUGAUUUGAUAAAUCAAUCACAAUCAAUUCGCACUUCUUUUAACAAGCGUAACGAGAAAGACAAAAAUGAAUCUCGACAUCGCUUGGGUGCUUCAAUUGAUGUGGCAAGGUUUCUCUUAAGAUUAGGAUUGCCAUUUCGUGGUCAUGAUGAGAGCACGUCAUCUACAAAUAGAGGUCUAUUUCUUGAACUUUUGCAAUGGUAUGGAGCCAUGGAUCAGGAAGUUGGAAGCAUUAUAUUACAAAAUGCUCCAAAAAAUGAAAUGAUGUGUUGUCCAAAAAUUCAAAAAGAUAUUAUUGAUGCUUGUGCAAAAGAAACAAUCAAAGCUAUUAUUGAAGACUUGGAUGGUGAUUAUUUCGGAAUACUGGUUGAUGAAUCGAAGGAUAUAUCACACAAGGAGCAAAUGGCACUUGUUCUACGAUAUGUUGACAAAAAAGGUGAAGUGAUAGAGCGAUUUGUUGGUAUUGUCCAUGUUAAUGAUACAUCUGCACGAUCAAUGAAGGAAACAAUCUAUUCUUUUCUUUCGGAUCACUCAUUAAGUCCUUCCCAAAUAUGUGGACAAGGUUAUGAUGGUGCUAGUAACAUGCAAGGAGAACUAAAUGGUCUUAAAAGUUUAAUUUUGCGUGAUACUCCAUCUGCAUAUUCCACUCAUUGUUUUGCUCACCAAUUGCAGUUGAUACUUGUGGCUCUUGUGAAGAAAAAUUCAGAUGUGGAUGAUUUUUUUUGUAUAGUUACUAAUGUAUUGAAUAUUGUUGGAGCAUCUUAUAAGCGCAGGGAUUUGCUCAGACAACAUCAAGCUGCAAAGUUAGAAGAGUUGCUCGUUUCUGGUGAAGUGCACACAGGACGAGGACUAAAUCAAGAACGUGGGCUUCAACGACCAGGUGACACUCGUUGGGGUUCUCAUUAUAAAACUUUACAGAACUUCAUUGAUAUAUUUCCAUCAAUUCUUUAUGUUCUUGAAUUUGCUGCAUGUCAGUGUCCAAAUUAUAUCGAUAGACUUACAGCUGAAAGUCUUGUGGAUAAGAUUAAGGGGUUUGAUUUUGUUUUUAUGUUGUACUUGAUGUUGGAAGUUCUGAAGAAGACAAAUUAUUUGAAUUGCUCGUUACAGAAAAUGGAUCAAGAUAUUGUCAAUGCUAUGGGGCUGCUCAAUACUGCAAAGCAAGAAUUGCAAAUGAUGAGGGAUAGGGGAUGGAAAUCAUUACUGGAUGAUGCCCUUUCUUUUUGUAAUAAGCAUGAGAUAUUUAUUCCGAAGAUGGAUGCUAACUACAUUCCUGGGAAGUCGAAAUGUAGAGCUCUUGAUGUUACAUAUUCUCAUCAUUUUCGUGUUGGAAUUUUUUAUCCUGUUAUUGAUUUGCUGCUUCAGGAGCUUAAUAAUCGUUUCGACACUGUUAGUACUGAUUUACUUCUUGGUAUGGCUUGUUUACAUCCAGCUAAGUCAUUCGGUAAUUUUGAUAAGAAAAAAGUAAUGAGGUUGGCUGGAUAUUAUCCGAAUGAGUUUGAUAGCAACAAGCUUCGAGAUCUCAGUUGCCAGCUUGAUAAUUUCAUAGUGUAUGUUCGAGGUUCUGAUAAGAGAUUUUUCAAUAUGAAAGGGAUUACUAAUCUUGCUAAAGUAUUGGUUCAAUCAGAAUUGCACCAGACCUGGCCACUUGUUUAUUUGCUUAUCAAGUUGACUCUUAUUCUUCCUGUUGCUACUGCUUCUGUGAAACGAGCUUUCUCAUCGAUGAAGUACAUCAAAAAUGAACUCCGCAACAGUAUGAGUGAUGAAUUUUUAAAUGGUUGUUUAGUCUGCUAUGUAGAGCGUGAGAUAUUUGCAACUAUAAGUAAUGAUGCUAUUAUUCAUCAUUUUCAGAAAAUGAAAAGUCGUCGAGCGCAGUUGUGAUUUGUGACUUCAAGUCUUUUUUUUGGAUCAGACUUGAGACUAAGUCUUUUUUUUUGGGGAUCGGACUUGUGACUACCGACUAGAAGUCUUUU